AUGGCUAGGAGUAUACGAACAAGACUUCUAGCUGUUAUUUUCCUUGUGUCCUCAGUAUGGUUAUUUGUAACAUUAUUCCUUUUUGAUAUUGAGAGUGAAAUUAACAAAACAAGGACUAAAGAUGAAAAUCCAAAGUUAGCUGAAUUCAACAUUGUAAAAAGAGCAGAUGAUUUUAUGAAGCUCCGUGAUCGAUUUACAAGAUCACAUUUUAAUAGGUCAUCGUGGAUCAAAUUUAAUGAGAAAAAGAAACGAAAAGAAAUUUUGAAAAAAUGGAGAGACGAACUUGCACAUCAAAGGUUGGAGAAAAAAUCUACAGACAAUCCCAUUAUAAGCAGUGCAAGUAAAACAACCCUAAAUAAAAACUUAAGGCUUAAUACAGCGACAAAUGUUUCAAAAGCGAACAGCAGCUUACAUCUAUCGCCAAAAAUGUUGCAAGAACAUUCAAAACAAAUUGAACAGAAAGAUAAGAUCCAAGUGAAGAGUCGACGUAAAGUUUCGGAAAGAGAAAGACUUCGUCAUCUAGAGAAGAUUCUUCCACCACUUGCACCAGGUGAAUAUGGACAUCCUGUCAAAAUAAAGAAAGAAGAACUCCGUCCAGACCAGCAGAAGAUUUAUGACGAACUUUUCAAGAGGAAUUCCUUCAACCAGUACGCCAGUGAUAUGAUAUCUUACCAUAGGAGGCUACCAGACAUAAGAAAUCCAAGCUGCAAGCUUAAGAAAUAUCCUAAGGAUCUACCUGCCACUAGCAUCAUCAUUUGUUUUCAUAACGAGGCUUGGUCCGUAUUACUACGCACAGUUCACAGCAUUUUGAACCGAACACCAUUACAUCUUAUUCAUGAAAUCAUAUUAGUGGACGAUUUUUCUGAUUUAGAUUUUCUUAAAGAGGAGCUAGAUGAGUAUUUCUCAGAGAAAGGAUCUGGGAAAGUCCGUGUAUUAAGAACAGCUAAGCGAGAGGGUUUGAUCCGAGCACGGCUUUUAGGUUAUGAGGCGGCCACCGGUGAAAUUCUGACAUUUCUAGAUUCUCAUAUCGAAUGUUUUGUAGGCUGGCUUGAUCCUUUGCUGGAGAGAAUUGCAGAAAAUCAUACAAGGAUCGUUGCGCCUAUAAUAGAUAUGAUAAGUGAUCAAACGUUCGCCUGUGGAGGGUCAGAAAUAGGAGCAGUGGGAACAUUUGAUAUUUCAAUUAUGGGGUAUAAGUGGCUCACCAUACCCAGAGAAGAGAAGGAAAAACACAGUCAGAUAAUGCCCUGGAGGACACCCACAAUCGCUGGUGGACUGUUCUCCAUCAGCCGAGACUACUUCUCAAAGAUGGGCACGUAUGACCACGGAAUGGAUAUCUGGGGUGGAGAGAACUUGGAAAUAUCAUUCAGGAUUUGGAUGUGUGGCGGGAGUCUUGAGAUCCACCCCUGUUCUCACGUCGCUCACAUAUUCAGAGCCGUCAGUCCAUACAAGUGGGGCAAAAGUUUUGUCGAGAUUUUGCGGAAAAACGCAGUUCGAACCGCAGAAGUAUGGAUGGAUGAAUAUAAACAUGCUUACUACGAAAGAAUUAAUUAUGACCUG